CCAGCCAAAGCCAUGUUUUCCUGUGGUUAGCUCUGUAUCCACGACCAGCCAUGACCUCCCAGAUUCGUCAGAAUUACUCCACCGAGGUGGAGGUUGCCGUCAACCGCCUGGUCAACUUGCAUCUGCGGGCCUCCUACACCUGCCUCUCUCUGGGCUACUAUUUCGAUUGCGAGGAUAUGGGUCUGGACUGCGAGGGCGCACAGCGCCUCCUGAAGAUGCAGAACCAGGAUGUGCAGAAACCUUCUCAGGACGAGUGGGGUAAAACCGUGGAAGCCAUGGAAGCCGCCCUGGCCCUGGAGAAGAGCCUGAACCAAGCCAUUGUGGAUCUUCAUGCCUUGGGUUCUGUUCGCACAGACCCCCAUCUCUGUGACUUCCUAGAGAACCACUUCCUGGAUGAAGAGGUGAAGCUCAUCAAGAAGAUGGGCGACCACUGAACCAACCUUCGCAGGCUGGGGGCCCCUCAAGCCCAGC